UUUUAAAACAGCGUCAGCUCUUAAGCGAUAUAAUUAAUAAGCAGGUUUAUUCUAAGUGACCCUCCACAGCAUGAAGCAUAUUCCUUUCUGGAUCAACUAAGGUUCACAUAACGCUAAGGACCAAAGAAGCAUGUGUAACAUUUCUGUGGUGCUGGGACCAACCUUCUGAAAGACUCUAAAAUAAUUUUUUGCCUUGAAGUCAUUUGUCCUGGGGCUGACUUGUCUUUGGGGAAGAGCUCAACAGAGACAAGAUUUUCACAUUGGAACCAUUAUAAGUAAACCUAUUUAAAAGACUUGCUACCUGAAGACAGAUUUACAAAGUCCUGCUUUUCAUCUGUGUUCCUGCUGCAGACUGUAAACAAUGAGUGAGUUUUGGUUGUGCUUCAACUGCUGUAUUGCAGAACAGCCUCAGCCUAAAAGACGGCGGCGAAUUGACCGAAGCAUGAUUGGAGAGCCGACAAACUUUGUUCACACAGCUCAUGUAGGAUCUGGGGAUCUGUUCAGUGGAAUGAAUUCGGUGAGCUCAAUUCAGAACCAAAUGCAGUCCAAGGGAGGCUAUGGAGGUGGCAUGUCUGCAAAUGUUCAGAUGCAGCUUGUAGAUACAAAGGCAGGAUAACCCUGGGGAAACCUUUCCAGUUCAUGUGGGUUCCUGUAUCUUCUUUCCUGUGUCCUCUUUUUUGCCUUGGUGACUGCUUUCUGUGCUCAUGAUGAGAGAAGUGAUGACUUGUUGUUCACCCUUUGUGGUUACUCCAGUGAAAAGUUGCUGUUCUGCUCUGAUGAUGAUGCCAUUUAUCAGAUUGGUCCGACCAUGCCUUUCAGUGGCAUGUACAUGUUUGCUUCUACCAGAACGUGAACAUAGAGCUGUUUAGGAUUGGUUUUAGUUUUUUGUUUGCUUUUAAGGCAAAUUAAAGCACCAACCUGAGCUUCCCUAAUCCCUCACAACUCCUCACAACAUUCUGCUGCUUUUUAAUCAUUAAAUCUUUUCUCCACUAAAGUCAUGUAGAGAUGAGUGAGUUUCCAUUAAUGUCUUCAAUCACCUAUUGUUCAUACCCAUUUUUGAAAAGUCUAGGACCUGCAAGCACGAAUUAUUAUUUCAUACAAAAUCAGCAGAGUAGAUGACCGCAUGCUUUGUGAGGUUGCUUUGUAUGGUGGCCCUCUUGGUGCUAAGCAGGAAAACAAAAUAAAAAUUGCUUACUGCAGACUGGUGGAAGAUUUUGCUGUGGCACCAAGUCAUGCCUGUUUCUGACAAAGGAUUUGUAACUUAGCUGCUUCAGAAUUAUGUUUUUAUUUUAGUUAUUAUCCAGCUGGUCUUGCAGUAAUAAAGACAGAGCUUGCGUUCAUGAGGCAUUUGUUGUAAAUGUUCAAGUAUAUUUAUUUUGAAAGAGCUGACCUUGAAACUGUAAACCAGUGUAGUACCGUAUCUAAGUGUUGUGGAAGCGCUUUAGUCUGUUUAAAAAAGAAAAGCAGACGUUUGGCUGCUUCUUUUUGCAGUUUUUCUUAAUUUUAGGCUGUAUGGUCAUUUCCAGUAGCAGCAUGUCAGACUGCCUGCAAUAUUAGCUGAAAAGUUUAGUAGACCUCUCGAGUAGUUGGCAGUUUCUGUGUACUAAAUAUUUAGGGGCCAUGGAAGUUGCUAAGAGCAACAUACUAAUCUGGCAGAACAGAUGCCAAUGAAAACAACCUACAGGGUGACUUUUUACUAAGUCAGUAAAACGCCUUUUGCUCAGGUUCCAAAGCAUGUUUCUUUCAAACGUUGUGAAAUUGUAUUUUAAUAUUGCACUGUUUUCAGAUGUCUCUAUAAAUGGUCCCUUUUUUUCCUCCUUGGUGGUGGUUUGAGAGAAUUCAAUGAUUUGAGUCCUGGUUGAGUUCAAUUUUUAUGUGGGGAAAAAAAAACCAUCCAAACAAGGCAUAACUGAGCCUAGUUCGAUCUGUUUUUAUAUGUGAGCACUCCUGUGUUCAUAAACAUAGAUUGCUGUCAAUGAUUCUUUAUUCUUUUUCCAUACUUCCCCUGAUUUCACAUUGCAGCAGCUGUCAGAUUGAUUUAAACAUGUAUGAACCUACCUAGUCUCCUCUCUCAGUUCACAAACACCACACAAAAUGUAGGGCCAUGGUGGUAGUUUGCCUUUCCUAAAUUGUAUUCCAGUGGUAGGUGUCAGUUAUCUGAUUCAGUAGUUCGAAUUAGGUUGGAUAGUCUUCACUGAUUAAAGGUACUAUCUGUGACAAUAUAAGAUCAAGAUGUUCAAUUGUCUGGGUGCAUAAACAUGGCAGUGCAGUGAUACUUUUUUUUUUUUUUUUAGAGGUCAACAUUUCCAAUGCCACUUUAUCAAUGAGUCUUAAAUAAACUAUGAUUACAAAAUUAUUUGAACUUUUGUAAUAGUGACUUAAAUUUACUUGCCAAACAUAUCUUGCACUUGUCAAAAUGUCUUCAACUCAAUAACCAGGAGAAAAAAGAAAUGGCAUAUUUUUAUAACAGACAUACUUUUUUUGUACAUUGUGUUCAUUCUUGAAUAAAGGCAGUUCAGUGUUGGCUUGGAGAUAUUAAAAGGAAAGUAUUGACUUUUAUUCAAUAAAUGUGUUCUUU